AUGGAAGCUACAUACAAAGACUCGGACAAGGAGGUGGUCAAUGGGGAGGGCCUCAUCCACCGGCCCAACACGCGCGAGAAGGCCCGCCACGCCAGCGUCGAGCUGGGCACCGACAACUCCGCCGAUGACCUCCUCGAGGCAAUGGGCUACGCCUCGGAGCUGGUCCGCAACCGCUCGACCCUGCAAGUCGCAUUCAUGUCCUUCGUGCUGGCAUCGAUUCCCUACGGGCUCGCGACCACGUUCUUCUAUCCCCUCGCUGGUGGCGGUCCUACAACUGUUCUCUGGGGUUGGGUGGCUGUCUCGAUAAUUAUUCUCUGCGUGGCGACUUCUCUGGGAGAGAUCACCUCGGUGUAUCCUACUGCGGGUGGUGUUUACUACCAGACGUUUAUGCUGUCCCCGAUCUGGUGUCGCAAGAUCAUGUCUUGGAUUUGUGGGUGGUCGUACGUGGUGGGGAAUAUCACUAUUACCCUUGCUGUGAACUUUGGUACAACGCUGUUCUUUAUCGCAUGCAUCAAUGUCUUUGAGUCUGAGCCGGGAGUCGGAAUCUGGCAAGCCGAGACUUAUCAGAUCUUCCUUGUCUUUGUGGCUAUCACGCUUAUCUGCAAUUUGGUCUCUGCGCUCGGAAACAAGUGGUUGCCAUGGUUGGACACAUUUGCCAUUUUCUGGACUUUCGCGGGUGUUAUCGCUAUUAUUACCUGCGUCCUCGCUCUUGCCAAGGAGGGCAGACGAUCAGCAAAAUUUGUUUUCACUGAAUUUGAGCCUUUGUCUGGCUGGACUCCAGGAUGGGCUUUCUGUGUUGGCCUUUUGCAAGCAGCAUAUGCUACAUCUUCCACCGGCAUGAUUAUUUCCAUGUGCGAGGAAGUCCAAAACCCUAGCGUACAAGUUCCCAAGGCCAUGGUCGGAACCAUUGUUCUUAACACCAUCUGUGGACUUGUCUUCAUUAUCCCUCUCCUUUUCGUCCUCCCAGAUCUCGAACUCCUCUUCAACCUCGUUUCCGGUCAACCAACCCCCGUCAUCAUCGCCACAGCAGUCGGUAACCAAGGAGGAGCAUUCGCUCUUCUCAUCCCUCUCAUGGUCCUUGCCCUUUUCUGCGGUAUCGGUUGCACUACUGCUGCUUCUCGCGCUACCUGGGCUUUCUCCCGUGAUGGAGCCAUCCCCGGUUUCAAGUGGUGGAAGGUUGUCAACACCAAGCUUGACGUCCCUCUCAACGCCAUGAUGCUCAGUAUGGCCGUCCAAAUCCUUCUCGGUGUCUUGUACUUCGGAUCCUCUGCUGCAUUCAACGCCUUUUCUGGUGUUGGUGUCAUUUGCUUGACCGUUUCCUACGCAGUUCCCAUUGCCGUCUCGCUUAUCGGUGGACGUUCCCACAUCAAGUAUGGAAAGUUCGACAUGGGAAUGCUCGGCCUCGUAUGCAACGUCAUUUCACUCGCCUGGUCCGCCCUCGCCGUACCCCUCUUCUGUAUGCCAUCCUACCUCCCCGUCGCAGCCGCAACCAUGAACUACGCCUCCGUCGUCUUCGUAGCCUUCAUCCUCGUCUCGUCCAUCUGGUACUUUGUCUGGGGCAAGAAGAACUACGCCGGCCCCCCCGUCUAG